ACAUUGGAACAGAAAAUUUUCAUCACUUUGCCCAAUCUCGCCGACGGUGCGCUGCGCUAACGUUCCCCGGAGAACCGAAAGAUUGUGUAAUAAAUUGUAUUAUGAGUUGUGGCCGCUUCCAGCGUUAAAAAAAAAAACACCGAAACGAAUGCAUCGCAAGUAAAGUGAGCGCUAGCAAGUGACCGAAAAUGGCUUACCGUUUGCUAACGACGGCCCGCAAGCUGGAAUCGACGCUGACGGGGCUCGGCCGGCAGCAUCGCACCACUGUCAACACGGCCGACUGCGAUCAGUUGAUCCGAAGUUUGAGCUAUCUGCAGUCCAGCCGGAACAAGGUGUGGAACGAUUUCCUGCACCGAAUUCAGCUGUUCUGCGAGAAGCCUCCGAAGGGCUUUGAAAAGUACUACAAGGGUGGAAAGAAGCCACCGGCGGCGGCGGCUGAGGCUGCCGGGGAAGCUUCCGGGAAGAGUGCAAAGCCGGCAGAGGGAGCGGGACCGGCCAAGGAGUCGCCGUCGCAGCCGCCGAAGAAUGACUGGAACCUGGGGAUGUUUGGACCGCAGCCGGCACGUGGCAAGCAGGGUGGAUCGAGCGGUGGAGGUGGCGGAGGAGGUUCCGGAAGGCCAAUCGGAGGUGGCGAGGGUGGGGACAAGGAAAAGAUGAUAAUUUUUGGGGCGCUGGCAGGAGUGGCGCUGAUUUCGACGAUUGCUUACUUUGAGAUGGGAUACAAGGAGAUCGCCUGGAAGGAGUUUGUCAACAAUUAUUUAGCUCGAGGAAUCGUUGACAAGCUGGAGGUCGUAAACAAGAAAUGGGUUCGCGUGAGGUUGACUCCCGGAAAUGUGUCCGAUUCCAACGGCACGCUCUGGUUCAACAUCGGCAGCGUGGACUCGUUCGAGCGCAACCUGGAGAGCGCCCAGUCGGACAUGAACAUCGAGGCGGUCAACUUUGUGCCGGUUAUUUACCGCAGCGAAAUUGAAGCGUCCAGCUUGACGGGCCUGCUGCCGACGCUGCUGAUCAUCGGCUUUCUCAUCUACAUGAUGCGACGCUCGUCGGAGAUGAUGGGCGGUGGGCGGGGUGGCCGCAAGGGUGGCGGUCUGUUUGGCGGGGUCAUGCAGUCGACGGCGAAGCUGAUCAACGCGAACGAAAUCAACGUCGGAUUCAAGGACGUUGCCGGCUGCGAGGAAGCCAAGAUCGAAAUCAUGGAGUUUGUCAACUUCCUAAAGAACCCGCAGCAGUACAUCGACCUGGGUGCCAAGAUUCCCAAGGGAGCGAUGUUGACGGGACCGCCUGGAACGGGUAAAACCAUGCUGGCGAAGGCGACGGCCGGCGAGGCCAACGUGCCCUUCAUCACCGUGUCCGGUUCGGAGUUCCUGGAAAUGUUCGUCGGUGUGGGACCCUCGCGUGUUCGAGACAUGUUCGCGAUGGCCCGGAAGCAGGCGCCCUGCAUCCUGUUCAUCGACGAAAUCGAUGCCGUCGGUCGGAAGCGUGGCGGAAAGAGCUUCGGUGGACAUUCCGAGCAGGAAAACACUCUCAACCAGUUGCUGGUCGAGAUGGACGGGUUUAACACGACCACGAACGUCGUGGUUCUGGCAGCCACCAACCGGGUGGACAUUCUGGACAAGGCUUUGCUGCGUCCCGGUCGUUUCGAUCGACAAAUCUUCGUGCCGGCUCCGGACAUUAAGGGUCGCGCCAGUAUUUUCAAAGUGCAUUUGAAUCCGUUGAAAACCUCACUAGACAAAAACGACUUGUCACGGAAGAUGGCCGCGCUGACGCCGGGUUUCACCGGUGCCGACAUCGCCAACGUGUGCAACGAGGCCGCCCUGAUCGCGGCCCGUGACCUAAACGAAUCCAUCAUCUUGAAGCACUUUGAACAGGCCAUCGAGCGUGUCAUCGCCGGCAUGGAGAAGAAAACGAACGUCCUAGCCCCAGACGAGAAGCGAACCGUUGCCUACCACGAAGCGGGUCACGCCGUAUCCGGGUGGUUCCUCGAGCACUCGGACCCCCUCCUCAAGGUCUCGAUCAUCCCCCGCGGCAAAGGUCUCGGCUACGCGCAGUACUUGCCCAAGGAUCAAUACCUUCUAACCACGGAGCAACUGUUUGACCGAAUGUGCAUGACCCUCGGCGGACGCGUCUCCGAAGAAAUCUUCUUCGAACGCAUCACCACCGGCGCCCAGGACGACCUGAAGAAAAUCACCGACAGUGCGUACGCGCAAAUCACCCGCUUCGGCAUGAACAAGCGCGUUGGCCAGGUCAGCUUCGACGGAUCCCAACCCGGCGAUCCGAUGUACGCCAAACCCUACUCCGAGCAAACCGCCCAGAUUAUCGACGAAGAGGUGCGACUGCUGAUCGACAAGGCGUACGUCCGAACCAAGGAGCUCCUGAUCAAGCACAAAUCAGACGUCGAAAAGGUCGCCGAACGCCUCCUCAAAAACGAAAUCCUCAGCCGAGACGACAUGAUCGAACUGCUCGGCAAGCGGCCCUUCCCGGAAAAGUCCACCUACGAAGAGUUCGUCGAGGGAACCGGUUCGUUCGAGGAGGACACCACGUUGCCCGAGGGUCUCACCAGCUGGAACAAGGAGAAGGCCACCCCGGAGGAAGGCGAUUCGAGCAGCAGCAGUAAAAAACCACCAACGGAACCGGCGAAGGCGUAAUGAAAAAACAGUAGUUCUUUAGACGCUUGUUGAGUGUGCGUUUGCCAGUGGAGUGAGUUCCAGCAAGUGGCGAAUAAAUAAACAAUGUUACAAGUGUAA